UUUAUCAACACUUGUCUGCAAUCUCUCGUGAUAGAGAAAUUUGGUGAAGAGACGUGGGAAAAAUUGAAAGCUUCUGCAGAAGUUCAAGAUGCCUUCAUGACCUAYACAGUGUAUGAUGACAUCAUCACCAUUAAGCUCAUCCAAGAGGCCUGCAAGGUUCUAGGUGUGUCCAUGGAAGCCAUUCUGAAACUCUUUGGAGAAUACUUCUUUAAAUUCUGUAAGAUGUCUGGCUACGACAGAAUGCUGAGGACCCUGGGAGGAAAUCUCACGGAGUUUAUUGAAAACCUGGAUGCCCUCCACAGUUACCUUGCACUCUCUUACCAGGAGAUGAACGCACCAUCGUUUCGUGUGGAGAGAGGGGCCGAUGGAGAAAUGCUUCUGCAUUACUACUCGGACAGGCRUGGUCUGUGCCACAUCGUGCCAGGUAUCAUUGAGGCUGUGGCUAAGGACUUCUUUGACAUGGACGUGACCAUGGAUAUCCUUGAUGUGAAUGAAGAAGUGGAGAGGACAGGGAAAAAAGAGCAUGUUGUGUUUCUGGUUGUACAGAAGACUCGCAGGCAGACUAGAAGGGCAAAACCAAACGGGUUGCAGGAUGGUGAGGACAUCAGAAGAGAGCAAGAGGCUCUUCAGGCAGCUUUCCUUAGGAUGAAGGAAAAAUAUUUAAGUGUCUCUGUUUGUCCUGUGAAGAAAUCCAACUGGGAUGUUGUGAGAAGUAUAGUCACUUUUGGAAAAGGGCACCUCAGGGACACCUUCGAGCCCAUUUAUCCUGAGAGUCUCUGGAUUGAAGCAAAGACGUUCUGUGAGGCUUUUCCUUUCCACAUUAUCUUUGAUGAAGCACUGAGGGUCAAGCAAGCCGGAGUGAAUAUUCAGAAGUAUGUCCCAGGACUCCAAACCCAGAAGAUCCGAUUAGAUGAGUAUUUCUCCAUCGUUCAUCCUCAAGUUACCUUCAACAUUUCCAGCAUCUGCAAAUUUAUCAACAGUCAAUUUGUCCUGAAGACACGAAGAGAAAGGAUGCCGGAAGCUUGGAAAGAUCAGCCCACACUCAAACUCCGUGGCCAGAUGAUCUGGAUGGAGUCCCUGCGGUGCAUGAUAUUCCUGUGCUCUCCGAAGCUCCGCAGUCUGCAAGAGCUGGAGGAGCGCAAGAUGCAUCUGUCAGACAUUGCCCCCCACGACACCACCAGGGAUCUCAUCCUCCUCAACCAGCAGAGGCUGGCGGAGAUGGAGCUGUCCAACCAGCUGGAGAGGAAGAAGGAGGAGCUGCGAGUCCUGUCCAAGCACUUGGCCAUAGAAAAGAAGAAGACAGAGACCCUGCUGUAUGCCAUGCUGCCCCAACACGUGGCCAACCAGCUGAAGGAGGGCAAAAAGGUGGCCGCAGGAGAGUUUGAAACCUGCACCAUCCUUUUCAGCGACGUGGUGACRUUUACCAACAUCUGUGCUGCCUGUGAGCCUAUCCACAUAGUGAACAUGCUGAACUCCAUGUACUCCAAGUUUGACAGGCUAACCAGCGUCCACGAGGUCUACAAAGUGGAAACAAUAGGUGAUGCUUAUAUGGUGGUAGGUGGUGUACCUGUGCCUAUUGGAAGCCAUGCUCAGAGAGUGGCUAAUUUUGCACUGGGGAUGAGAAUUGCUGCAAAAGAAGUAAUGAAUCCUGUUACCGGAGAACCUAUCCAGAUCCGAGUGGGGAUCCACACUGGACCAGUCCUAGCAGGUGUCGUUGGAGACAAGAUGCCACGGUACUGCUUGUUUGGUGACACUGUGAACACAGCCUCUAGGAUGGAAAGUCAUGGGCUUCCCAACAAAGUGCACCUCAGCCCCACAGCCUACAGAGCCCUGGAAAAUCAAGGGUUUGAAAUCAUUGAGAGAGGUGAAAUUGAAGUAAAAGGUAAAGGGAAAAUGACCACAUACUUUCUGAUCCAGAACUUGAAUGCCACAGAGGAUGAGAUCAUGGGCAGACCUAAAACUCCACUUGAUCACAAGGACUCUGAUGUGGCCACACCCGCCUGGAGUCUGGGGACAAGGCAGGACUCCGUGGAGGCCGCUGACCAACAGUCAUCUUCAGAUCCCACCAAGACUGGCGACUCGGUGCCCUCUGGUUUCUGUGUCUUGUUGUAA